AUGGACGCCAGAGCGGCACAGCAACGACUCAUCAGCGAACACGACGAAGAGGGAGUCGACGGGGAGGGUCAGAAGGCCCAGGUCAUAAGGCAGGAUGACCAAAGAAGAAUGGCAGAGGCCCGGAGCCGCGCGAAGGGGCGUGCAGAUGAGCAGAUCAAGAACGACGCGCUCGCCAUCCGUCCGUAUCUGGCGGGGGCGGGGGCGGACGUGGAGGCAGUGAUCGUGGCCGGAGGGGAGACCCGGGCGGAGGCGGCGGUGGCGGACCAAGUUGCGCUGGGCGCGGCCCGUGCUGGUCUGUCUGGUCGAAGGGCCGUGGCCUGCCGGCUGCCGGCGCUCGCCUGGCACUCCCGCCUUCCGGCGCCUGGCGCCUGCCCCGGCCGCCUCGCCAGCGCCCUGGCGCCUCGCCCGCCGCCGCCCGCAGCCUUCCGCGCCCGCCGCUGCCCGUCGCUGCCCCGUGACGAGCCGGACCAGCGGCUGGCCGCAGCGAAGCUCAUGGACAAGGGGAACAACCAGUCUCUCAGGCUGUACCGAGUGCUGCUGAGUGGGAGGCUGUAUCUCAGGCGUCGCAUUUUCAAGGAUGUUGACAGCGCUGCGUUGGCCUUUCGUGAAUCCCCGACCCUGAAAGAGCAGUGGAAGCGGACCCGCGACCUGUCAUCGGAUCACCCUUCGGGUUUCAAUCAGAGAGUUGCUUCCACGUUGGGUUCUUCUACUGAUAUAUAUGUUGAGUGCCUCUGUCUUGACGCUGCUGAACUGGAGUACCUGUCGAAGAAGAAGAAGAGAUCCUUCAAGGUUGCGCCCUUCAACGGGUGGACGCUCGACGGUCGCCCAGAGCAGUGCUAUGCCAUCAUGAUAGACCUUCCGUACCAUGAGACUGCUGCAUACCGCAGGGUGAAGGUGUCUCUCGGCUCGGCUACGGAGCUAGAGAUCUUGCACGCGGACCAGCGCUCGGCGCCUUUUCAGUCUCAAGGCUUUCUCCAGUGUCAGAUGUGGACAGCUGAGCGGUGCGACGCCAUUGGCCACAAACAGCUCCUCGGCACCACCACCCGCGUCUCGCAGAUCAAGGGCAAGCAGGACGAGCUGCGCAAGAGGAAGUCUUUGGACUGCUACUCGGAGGCCGAGAUGGUGAGGUUCGGCAAGGCGUCCAAGAAAGGCACCCCAGCAGGAGAGGACGACGAUGACAUGGGAGGUGAUGUUGACGACUGGCGGUCGACCGUCACUGGGAUGCCUGCUGGGUCCACUGCGAGUGGUUCUGGAGGUCGUGGUUCGGCUGAUGCUACGGUUCCGAGGGCCUUCGGCAUCCCUACCGACAGCCUCGGCGCCGUGCGUGGCCUCGUGGUUCCGUUCAACUUCGAGUCAGCUGCUCGCUCGACGACCCCCGUGCCAAAGGACCUUCAGCGCUCGCCUUCCCCAGGUAGCCGACCUGGCGGGUCAGCCACUAAACGGGCACCGAGCGUCAACCUGGACGAUGCGGCCUCGGCGGCUGCGGGCAGCGCUAAGAAGUGGACGUCCUGCCCCAAAGAUCCAAAAGAUAAGGCCUUCUACUGGACCCAGGAAAACAAUCUGACAGACAUCCUUGACGAGAAGUCCCUCGGCAAGGAGAGGUCCGAAGGCAACGACUGCUUGGGCAAGUUGGCGAAUAAGAAGGAGCUCAGCGGCGUGUGGAGCAUGCUUCGUGAUCACAUGACCCUCGUAGACAUCUGCUGGAAGGUCAAGGCCAGCGCAGUGAACCAGCUCGACAACAGGGGCGAGGCGGCGCACCACGCGACGCUGAAGAAGCACAAGGUGAGGUACCCGUUCCGCAUGCAGGACUUCAUGACCAAGCGCCUCCUGAGGAAGAGGGCGAAGGCUGUCGAGACUGCGUCGGCGGCCACGUCGCAGAGCGACAUCGGCCUGUGCCCCUCCGAACAGCCCAAGCUUCAGGUGCAGCAGGCAGAUGGGGUCGCACCCAUCAGGCGGCCCCUCGCGAUCCACAGCGAUGAGGACAGCCGCCAACUGCCAGAGAGUGCCACCGCCACCGGCAGCGGUCGCGCUUGCUCCGAAGCCAGCGAUGACAGUGUUGGCUCUGCUGACUGCUCUGGUGGCAAGCCCGAUCCUCGGCCGAGCGGCGGUGGACAUGACGUGCUCCGCCAGCCCAGGGUCCACGGAAUCGACUUCCUCGACCGCAGCGGCAACCUGGUGCACGUGUCGGCCGAAAUCGUGGCAUGUGCAGAGGAGUGCGACGACCUCUUCGAGUGCUUGACUUUCACACUGACUGGUGACGUCCUGGCACAGGAGUUCGACCCCGAGGCGCCGUCGCUGCGGAACGGCGGGAGCACGGUGAAGCAGAAGCUCGAUUUCGCCAUGGAGUUCUUCAUCACGGAGGUGCUGUGCUCGUGGAUCCAGAGGGAAGCCGCGGCGUCGAACGCAGUGCUCUCGCUCUCCAAGGCAGCGCUGGCGGUGCUGAACCAGGACUUGCGCAGGGUUGACUUCCCUGGAGAGGUGAAGAAGGAAGCUGUGGAGAUGAGGUCUGUGAUGAAGGUGCUGCAGUCACUGUUCCACUCCGCAGACGAUGCCGCCACCUUGGCAAGCAAGCUGGACAUGCUGAAGGAGCUGGAGGCCGCGGAGGCGGAGAACACCGAUGGCAUUGCGGCGUUGGUCAUGAGUUCUAUGAAGGGCUCGCCUUAUUACGCGGACCUUCUGACGCGUCUGUCUGCUUGCCAGCCUGCCUGGGACAAAUACGGUACCCAGAUCAGUACUUCGCAGGAGUGGUUCGAUGGCUUUGAUGACUCGGACUCUGUUGAAGACAUGCUUUCGGACGCGAACUUCAAGCACACUGCGGAAGUGCUGGCGGCAGAGUACAAGAACAUACUAUCUUGGCAGACGGCUCCGUUCCGUGAGGGGUCCCUCGAGCCGAUCAUGUGCUCCGCGAAGAACGCAUUGAGGAUGGUUUUCAACAACAGUGCAUACGGUACCUGGCCCAGUUCGUUAAACCGGCCUUGUGAUCCUGCACAUCUGGAAGCCGCCCUCACGUCAGCCAAGCAGCUCUUCCCAGCUGAUGAAGAUUUCGCCAAGUGGCACUUCCAGUUCGAGAAGCAGAAGCAGACCCGCGCCGCCAUGGAGAAGCAAGCAGCCUUGAAGGAUAUCAUCAGUGAGGUGACCGCCAGCAUCACGAGGGAUAAGGAGGUGGCACUGGACGCGCGAGCCCGCCUGGAAGGUGCGCUGAAGAGCAGUGCGAGCAAGCAUGGGGACGCUGAGCUGGAGUUGUCGUUGAAUCAUUUGUUCUGGACAUGGUCGGCCAUCGUCUUUCAGAACCGAGUGGAUGGUAAUACUGAUUACGUCGCGGAUGAGACGUCCUUGACCCUCAUCGCAGGGCACCUGAAGCCAGGCGACGUGAAGAUAUCUAAGAAAGCCGCGCAGUUCUUGUGCGAGUACCGCGCCAUGCUCAUCGCUGCCGACGCGUUCGAUAAGCUCGGCAACUCCAUGGAGGAGAAGGCGCUCCACGACCAAGCUUUUCGCCGCAUCUCCGACCUCAAGAGCCGUGCCAUGGCUGUGAGCGACCUUGCAGAAUCAAUCAAGGACUCUUCUAAGCAGCACUGGGCUUCAUGGGAUGCGUCCAAUGCGAAGGUGGCCGCCGUGACGGAUGACUUGGACAAGGUUUCGAAGCACAUCGCAGAGUCCAAGAGGAUGGUUGUGGACGACGCCCGUGUUGCUCUCAGCAAGGUCAACAAAGGAGGCGCGAACGGCUUGCACUGGCACGAGAACUUCAAAGGCAAGACCCUCAAAGCGGUUAUCAAGUACGGCAUGACGCACCUCGUGAACUCCGAGUCCGUGGACCUGGACGCCAUGAUGAACAUGGCAACCCAGCUGGAGAAGGCCUUCGACGACUACAACUCGAUUCUCGAGGCCCUCCACCUCGACCCGCCGAGCUCCGACUACAAGCGCAGCGUCCAGCUGGCAUUGGACUGGGCUAACGCGACGGAGCUGAACGUUGGUGUCAUCAAGAGCCUCGACACCAUCACUGACAGCACGCUCUUGUACGAUGCCAUGCUGAAGCUCGACGGGGACAUCAAGAAACGCUGCAAGGUGCUCAAGAUGAUCGACGUGCUCCACAGCAUCGUCUUCAAGAAGGUCGAGUCCGUGCUGGGCGCCGACGCCUCUCCGGCCCUGCGCUGCCUCUCCGUGUGCGACCCUGUGCCUUCGGCGGAGGCGGAGUCCUGCGAGGCGGCCCCUGCGCCGUGGAUGCGCAGCGAAGAAGCGCUGAGCACCCUCCUGGAGAAGCAUGGCGUGAACACCCAGCUGUUUGGCGUGGGCUCCGCGAAGACGAUGGCGCAACUCCUGGGGGAGCUUCGCGGCCAGUCCUGCUUCCUGGAGUUCCCGGACGUUCACGGGAGCACCCGCGAGCUUCCGCAGCCGAGGAGCUCCCAGGUGCUCCGCAUCGUGGAGCCAGUCUUCAUCCGCCUCCGCUGGCGCGGGCGCGUGCUAGUGCAGGAAUCGCAGAGGAUGGUGGACGGACGCAUGCGUCAGCGCAACAUGCUCCUCGCCGAGAAGAAGGAACCCAACGACGGCGGCGGCUUCAUGGCAACCGUGGUGCGUGGGUUGAACGAGGAGCUAGGCAUCCCGCGCGAGGAUUUGCUUCAGGACGGAGCGCUCCGCUACCGCCCAGACACUUACCACUUCGAGAUCGAGCAGAUUGAGUCGCCCUCCUACCCCAGCUUGUCGUCGGUCUACCGCACGCACCACGUGCAGGUCGACAUCCUUGACGGUGGCCUCCACCUAUUCUCCAAGUGCGGUUUGCCCCAGUGCACACCCUUCACCACGUCGGAAACCAGCUCGCUCGGUACCACGACGCACUUCUGGAGGUGGAGCGACGCCGAGAAGGCGCUGCAGGAAGGGGUGGUGAAAUUCCCGCCCAAGGUGAUGUCGUCCAGCAGCCCGCCGUCGGCCCUCGCCGAUGCAGAAGAGAAGGCGGGAGACCACGACACGCGCACAUUGGGUGCAGGGGAGCUGUCCAGCGAGGAGGCCCUGGCAGGUGUCAUGCGGGCCGCGGGGAUCGACCCGGCCAGCUAUGGGACGGGGAAGGCGAAGUCCCUGUCCGCGCUCCUCAAAGAGGUCCAGGGGGGGGAGUCGUGCCUGGAGAGGACGGAGGACCCCCCAGGCCUGCAGCGCGUCGUGGAGCCAGUGUUCGUGCAGCUGCGCUGGGGCGACCGGGUGCUCGUGGAGGUGGAGCAGCGCCUCAGUGGCGGCACGACCCGCCAGCGCAACAUGCUGCUGGCAGAGAAGAAGAACCCGAAUGACGCAGACGCCGCGGCGACGGCCAUUCGCGGUAUCUUCGAGGAGCUCGACCUGCCCUCCGACCUGUCGCCGCCUGAGGACUAUUUCCAGUUUGUGCCAGAGACGUACUGCUGCCUGUCAGAGCACAUGGAAUCGGCUUCUUUUCCCGGUCUCCCUUGCGUCUACACCACGCACUACUGCAGCGUGCAGGUGAUGGAGUCAGGGCUGGAGAGGCUGCGGCAGACUGGAAUCCUGGAGGACCAGUUCGAGACGAAGGAGGCAGACAAGACCAACGUUUGGAGAUGGACCGACAUCAGCAAGGCUUGUGAGAGCAAGGUGAAGGGACUGCCAGACAUCAAGGCGCUCUCCGCCGCAGACGCCGGUGGCCCUUCCAAGGGCCAGGAGUCCUCCUUCGAGCCCGUCGGCAGUGUCCCGUCGGAGCCUGGGCUGCUGCGGGCCCUCCUGGAGAUGGGUGGCGUGAACGUCAGCUUGUGGGGAGGCUUCACGGUCGCCUCGUUGCGCUCGCUGGCGGACGAGCUGGAAACGGGGGCGUCGAGGCUGGAGAAGGACGCGAGCACUGGACGGCUGCGGCGAGUGGUGAGCUCGAGCCUCGUGCAUUUCAACCUCUCGAGCCCGGCCGGGCGCGGCGAGGCUCUCGACAACGUGCAGUUCAGGCAGGACCUGCAGUGCUUCGAGGUGGUGCACGUCGACAUCGCCUCGUACCCCGGGCUGUCCUGCGUCCACCGGACGCGCCGGAUGCAGCUCGACGAGGCGGGCCGAGGGCGCACCGGCAGCGUGACCCUGGGCGAGACGCCCAGGGGCGAGGGCGAGGAGAUCGCCAGUUGCGCAGAGCUUGGUAAGCAGAGCUCUGCGCCUGCAGACGUGCAGCUCCCGCGCCUGAUCGGGCGCAGCGAUUCAGGCAGCGCAGGCCCCGCCCUGCAGAGUCCCAAGGGCCCUGCAUCCGGCCGUGUUGAUAUCAGGCGCUUCACAUCGACAGCGAGCUUGGACACAGACUGCGGCACUCCCUUCAGCAAGCGCGACGGCUCGGUGGUCUCCAUCAACUCUAUCUCCGAUGGAGACGGCUGCCUCCUGCCCACGCUGUACAGUCAGCUGCAAAGUAUCCGCAGCAAGCUGCGAUUCAAGAUGGUCGCGAAGGAACAAACUGACGCCGCUAAACGCCCAGCGGAGCAGGUUGUGGCUUGUUCGUGCAGUAUCCAGCUGAUCCGCAAUGUCAACCCCCUGAACGCCACCUUCCAGUGCCGCUUCACGAUCUUCGUCGAGUGGCUGGACAAGGCAGCAGUCGGCCUCCCCACGGGCGACCUGGAUGAGGCCUCGGCGGGCUUGAUGAGCAUCCCCGAGAUAGAAUUGCAGAACACCCUGGCCACCAGCUUGAAGAUCCGGUCGCGGCCCAGGGUCGUGGCCUCGGAGACAGGCCACGUGGCGUGCAAGAUCCUGUACCAGGCCCUCGUCCAGAUGGAGCUCGACAUGCGCCUCUUCCCCUUCGACGCCCAGCGGCUGGUGCUCGUCCUCGGGCUGCGGGCGCGGCGCGACCGCGACCGCGUGCUGGCCUGCCAGUUCUGCCGCGUGGACGAGAGCAUUCGCCUGGAGGAGUGGCAGAUCAUGCACAGCUUCGCGCACAGCGACUCCCCGGACGGUCGCGCCCGCAUACAGUUCGGCGUCAUGAUCUCCCGAAGAUAUUGGUACUACCUCGUGAAUGUCUUCAUCACCCUGAUUGCUAUCGUCACCUCCAGCUUCGCGGGCUUCGUGCUCCCGGACUCGUACAUAUUUGACAGGCUCCGCAUAGGUGUGGCCGUCCUCUUCGCGCAGAUCACUUUCCGCCUCUCGCAGGACAACAAGCUCCCGAAGGUGGCCUACGCCACGAUCUUCGAUCAGUACGCGAUGUUCUGCCAGCUGACUGUGCUUGGCAUUAUCUUUGGUAAUAUUGUGACCAACAUGCUCGGGCAGGGGGUGUUCGGCCAAGCGGCUGCUGCUGCCGCCGGCACUGUGGACCUCGCCUUUGCCUGCCUGUUCUUCUGCAUCUGGACGCUCGGGCAGCUCUGCUGGCUGCUUGGCGUCUCGCGCAGGCGGCACAUGCAGCACCGCUCGCUCUUGCAGCUGGCGAGCUCUGGCAAGCACUCUGAGCAGCACGUGGCUGGUUCUGGCGCUGCCCAGCAGCAGUUGGCCAGCCUUCGGGAGAGCCUCCACUACCGAGGCCCUGCGUGCAGUCGCGACUCCAUUCUGGUGCCGCGAAGUGUCGGCCGGGCGGUGUCUAUCGACCUUUGCGUGUGGCUCCUCCACGACAUCAGCCCAAUGACGACCACUUUCGAGUGCAAGUUCUCGGUUACGCUCGUGUGGCUCGACGACAAAGCGAAGGGCCUGCCAGAGGGGACGCGGCUGAUGGGCGAGAAGCUCGGCCUGAUCGACAUCCCUGAUCUGGACGUCCACAACAAGGUUGAGUCGGUGCUGGAGGAGGGUCCUUGCGUGCGCGUGGCGUGCUCCACGACUGGCGAGGUCUCGGCGACGUAUCGGUUCCACGCCAAGGUGCAGAUGAACUUCGACCUACGCCAGUUCCCGUUCGAUUCCCAGCACCUGCUCCUGAACAUCACGAUGCCCAACGAGAAAGAUAAGGACCGAGCCUUUGUGUACCGCAGCCACCAGCUUGACGCCAGCGCCCAGAGCCUUGACGAGUGGUUCAUCCAAGGACACACUAUGUCUCCCGAUGUCAGCGACGACGUGGCCAUGGCCUCGCUUCUAAUUGACAUACGGCGGCGCUCCUUCUUCUACGUCGUGAGCGUGCUGGCUGUCCUGCUGGGGAUCUCGUCCCUGGUCUUCACGGUCUUCGUGAUUCCCAUGCAGCCUGACGGUCUUGACUAUGUGAACCAAGGGAAGAUCUUGGCCCCCCUGUUCAUGACUCUGCUCGCGUUCAAGCUCCUGACUGCGUCUGGUAAGCUGCCCACCGUCGCGAGCGCCACCAAUUUCGACCGGUAUAUGCUCGCGUGCGAGCUCAUGUUCUUCGCCACCAUCGUCAUUUGUGGCGCGUCUCGCUUGCUGGCGACGGUGCAUGGUGUCGACAUGGUGCAGCCCUACCGCGUCUUUGCGGCCCUGGUGUUCGUUUUCCUGUGGCUGGUCUUCAACGUGUGCUUCGCGCUCGGCGUCGGCGUGGGCCCCACGGGCGGGGGCGGCACGUCGUUGGAGGCUGCCGUGCUGGGGCAGACGCAGCCGUUCUACGGCGACUCCUCGCCGGGCUUCGAGGAGCAGCGCUUGCUGCUGCAGUCCCGGGGCUCUGCUCAGAGCGAAGGCCCGGUCGGCGCGCCCUCGGCGGUGAUGCUGCGCGUCGCGAUGCAGAGCGUGCACUCCGUGAAUCCGGCCGACGGCACUUUCCAGGCCGACUUCGUUGCGGGCCUCGAGUGGCUCUGCCCCGACGCGGUGGGACUAGACGCUGGCUCGGAGCUCUCGGGGGAGCAGCUGGAGUUGCUGCAGCGGCCGAAGCUCAUGGUCCAGAACGCGAUCAGCUGCUCCACCAAGGUCCUGGGCGGCGCGCGCGUCGUCGAUCCCGCCAGCGGCCACGUCACCUGCAAGGUGCACGUCAAGGCGCAGGUGCAGGUCCACUUCCAGCUCGGACAGUUCCCGUUCGACGAGCAGGUCUUGGAAGUGGUCCUCAUACUCCCCGACAUGGGCGACAAGCACAGGAGCCUUGUGAUCGAGCACCUCGACUGCGCAGACGUGGCGCGGUUGGGCGAGUGGGUCGUGCUCGGCGAUGUGUCGUCAUGUGGCCGCCGUCAGGGGAUCUCGUGGGCCUCGGUGGGAGUCCAGAUCCGCCGCUCAAGCCGCUACUACGUCCUGAACCUGGUGUCGUUGAGCCUGUGGGCCACCUUCGGCUUCGCCAUCUACGCCCUGGAGGUGGACGAUUUCCAGAAUAGGGGCAAGAUCCUGGUGGGCGUGCUGCUGGUGCAGAUUGUGUCGAAGCUCGUGGUGUCCAGCAAGCUGCCGCGCAUCGCUCGUACCACCCUCUACGACCGCGUCGCGCUGAACAAUCUGGCCAUGCUCUUCUGCAUCGGCUGCAGCGCCGCGCUCUGCUGCGUUCUCAACAGCGCGGAGGGCUACGAGGAGUUCAGCCGGGUCUGCGACCUGUCUCUCGCUUGCGCCGUCCUGCUGCUGUGGGUGGUGCUCAGCGCCAGCACCGCGCUUCAGGCUCGUGGGGGGCCUGCGGCCAGCCGCCACAGGGCCGGGGAGUCCGCUCCAGAUCCUGUUGCAGGCAAGGAGGAGCCCCAGACCGACGACGCGGCCGCCAUCGCCCGGGAGGUCGCUAUCAUGCGCCCCUCCGUGCAGCCAGAGCCCGCCGCGGGCGCGGAGGAUGGCCUGCAGCUCGGCCGCCGCCCGAGCGGCGUCCCCGCCGCCGCGCAGGACUGCGGGGCGGCCGUCUCCAUCGGCGCCACGGUCCAGUUCCUCACCGAUCUGGACACCGUCUCCGGCACCGUCGAGUGCAAGUUCCAUGUCUUCUUGGACUGGAAGGUCGGCCAGGGAGCGAUGCGCAUGCAGAGGCACGGGCGCAUCAGCAGGCGCACGUCCCACGGCGGCAGCGGAGAAGAGCAGAUGGCCAUACCGCAGAUCAAGCUCCUGAACGCGACCAAGAUCAUGAUGGAGGACUACUCCGACGUGAGCGUCGUGGACGUCGCGACGGGGCACGUCUCUUGCCGUGUUCAGUUCCACGCGCGCAUCCACAACAAGUUCGACCUGCGCAGCUUCCCCUUCGACUGCCAGAGGCUGCAGGUGGAGCUCGAGCUCCAGGGCUGCCCGGGCCGCUUCCUGGUGGGCGGCCGCUGUGGGAGCAUCGACCAGAACGGCAACCUGGACGGGUGGACGCUGCGGGCCACCUCGCUCGACGUCGACGGUGGGGGUCUGCCGCCUCGGCGCGCACGCGUCUCGAUGCUGGUGGAGCGGAGCUCGCGGUACUACCUCGUCCAGGUCAUCGCCAUCUUCGCUUGCUUGGCCACGCUGGUUUUCUCAUUCUACGUGGUUGAGGCGCAGUUCCUGGACAAGCGAAUCGUGGACGCGCUCAAGAUCGUCCUGACGAUGACCACCUUCCGGUUCUCGGUGGAGCACAGGUUGCCCAGGGUCCAGCAUUGGACGCCAUUCGACAUCUAUCAUGUGUCCUGCCAGGUCCUCUGCACGUGCAUUAUCGUCUCUUUCGUCGUGGCCAAGUUGGGCGAUAAGGACGGCAUGCGGCACUGCCAGACGCGGGAGAAGGAGGUAUAUGUGAUCGCGUCCUUGUCUUGCGCGUGGGUCGUAUGGCACAUCUGCUGCGGCAUCUACUCGCUGCGCCUCAAAGGCCGCGAUCUACGCCACCUGGCUCGGCCUUCCGAGCUACGACGCACGCGGGCACACCUGUCGCAGCAGUCGUCAGCGCACCCAGCAGUGGAGUCAGACACGCCUUCAAUGCCAGCUCGGCAGCUAGCAGCACUGCCCAGAGAGGCCGCUGACGGGAACGGCCUGGGCACUCUGGCAGCGCUGGGAGGCCACCUCGGUGUGGCGAGACCCCAGGAUUCGGCGUCUGACCAGGCAGUCCAGGAGACGCAGGUGAUCUCCAUCGCCUUCCGAAUUUGGCUCGUGCGCAAUGUGGACCUCGUCACAGGCACUUUCGAGUGUAAGUUCCGCGUCUUCCUGGAAUGGGUCGACGUCAACGCGGUAGGCCGGCCCAAGGGCCAGAAGGCCAAGCUGCCAGUGCCCGACAUCACGAUCACCAACGCCAUCCAGUCGCAGCUUUUGGAUGCCAGCUCGGCGCCCGAGGUAGUCAACCCAGACACAGGCCACCUUGCUGCACAGAAGCUCUACAAGUGCACAAUGCGGAUGGAUCAGGAGGUGCGGCAUUUCCCUUUCGACUGGCAGUGGCUCGUCAUCACCGUAAGCAUGCGCGACGAGGGCGAGUUCAACCGGCCCUUCUUCUUCCAGUACUGCGAGAUGGAGGGCCAGCUGCAACUGGACGAGUGGCACGUUCACGACCAGCCCGCGUUCACAACCCUCAGCAAGCACGACGCGCCCAGCAGCGAGGACACUGUGAUGUGUGGCAUUCUCAUCCGGCGCCAGCCCCGCUACUACGUUGUCAACAUUUUGUUCAUGCUGGGGCUCAUCACGUCUUUGUCCUUUUCCAUUUAUCAGGAGGGCGUGUUCUCUCCCAGUAACGCUGUUCUGGGAGCGCGCCGAGGUCUUCUUAGGCAUCUUUCCCCUGAUCGUCAUCUUCAAGAUGUCCGCGCAAGGCAAGCUGCCGCGCGGUGGCUCGUCCACGCAGUUCGACCGCUACGCGCAGACGUGCACGCACCUGUUCUUGCUGAUCGUGUUCGAGGCGAUGAUGGCCUCCUUGGCCGUCAUGGCCCCCACGUGGGCCAUCUGCUCGGAGACACCGCUGGCGGGGCUCGACACCCACGUCGUGCAGCUAGUCUCCACCAUGGAGGCUUGGUUCUGGCGGGCCCUCUGUCUUCUGUGGGUCGGAUGGAACGUGCGCUUCGCGGUGCAGGCGUGGCGCGUGCGGCAGCUUCGGCCCUUGGAGGCCUUGGGCAGCAGGGUCCCGAUCCGACUGCAGGACGAGGAGUGGAUCGCUGGCUGUUCCGCCGUCGACCCGGACUGUGGCGGCCUCGCGCCUGGCCUCUGCGAGCAGGCCGUGUCGGAGCGGGUCAGCAUGAGGAACAGCGUCGCCUCCAAGCUUGGUCGCCUCAGCGAGUCCCGCGGCUAGACGGGCGCGUGAGUCCGCGCUGCCGAAUCCCUCCACCAUUCUGCUGCCUCGCCUUCUUCAGACCCUCAAUUCCCUGUCCCCUUGUCCGCUCCCCCGUCCUGGACUUGCAGUGGUCCUUCGGUUGGCGUCGAGGCCUGCCGAGCCUCCAUCUUUUCAGCGCUAAGCUGGACGGCCAGUCGGCCACAGUUCGACUUAGAGGGUCUCCCGGCGAGAGGCGGUGGAGGUUGGUGAGGUGGUGA